GAUUUUGUCUCUGUCGCGGAAGCAGUGCUGGAAAGCAACGGCGACUGAAGCACGCCUCUGGCUUAAAAGUUCGUUGUCCAGUCUGUUUUCUCGCACACUCUGUCAUAUUCAAACACUCACACACACACACAUACGAGCUUGAUGCUGUUGUUGUUGUUGGCGCAGUUCAAAUAUCAGCAGUGAGCGCGUCGCAGUCGCUGCUUUCAACCGCUCAGUUACAUUUGAACGGCUGACUGAGGAGGUUCGAGUGAUCAACAGCGAAAUGGUUAUCAACUUUGCCGCCGGCCCAGCGAAAUUGCCCGAAGAGGUGCUCAAGGAAGUCCAGACAAAUCUGGUCAACUGCAAUGGCAGCGGAAUUUCGGUGAUGGAAAUGUCGCAUCGUUCUGCGAACUAUGCAAAAAUCCAAGAUGCAGCAAUUGCCGAUUUGCGUGAGCUGCUCAAUGUGCCCGAGAAUUAUAGGAUUCUGCUGAUGCAGGGCGGCGGCACAGGACAAUUUGCAGCGGUUGCCAUGAAUCUGAUUGGACGCACUGGCUCCGCGGAUUACAUUAUCACCGGCUCAUGGUCAGCAAAGGCAGCCAAGGAAGCCGCUCAAUAUGGCAAAGUGAAUGCGGUGCUGGCCAAAGCCGAGAAAUACACAGAUGUGCCCAGGCAGAGCAGCAGCACCUGGAAACUGGACCCGAAUGCCUCCUAUGUCUACUAUUGCGACAAUGAGACCGUGGAGGGUGUCGAAUUCGAUUUUGUGCCCCAGGUGGAUGCAAAUGUGCCACUGGCCUGCGACAUGUCCUCGAAUUUCCUAUCGCGACCCAUCGAUAUCAAGAAGUUUGGCCUGAUCUUUGCGGGUGCCCAGAAGAACAUCGGCCCGGCGGGCGUCACUGUGAUCAUUGUUCGCGACGAUCUGAUUGGCAAGCAUCUGAAGACAACGCCUUCCAUACUCAACUUUGAGCUGAUGCACAAGAACAGCUCGCUGCUGAAUACGCCGCCCACUUUUGGUGUCUACGUAAUGGGUCUGGUCUUCAAGUGGGUCAAGCGGAAUGGUGGCGUUGCUGGCAUGGAGGAGCGCUCAAAGACCAAGUCGAAACUGAUCUAUGACAUUAUCGAUAGAUCCAAUGGCUUCUACUAUUGUCCCGUGCAGUCGCAGGUGCGAUCCCACAUGAAUGUGCCAUUCCGCAUUGGCAGCGCUGCUGGCAGCGAGCAGUUGGAGAAGGAGUUCCUGGCCAAAGCCGAGACGGAGGGCAUGAUUCAGCUGAAGGGACACCGGUCGGUGGGCGGCAUACGCGCCUCUCUCUACAAUGCCAUCACGCUGGAGGAGACACAGCAGCUGGCCAAGCUCAUGGUUGCCUUCUACGAGAACAAUAAAAACUAAUCCAAUGUUA